AUGACGUUUCUUGUGAAACUCUCUAUAUCUAUUCUAGUCCUUUGCCUAUGGCAAAUUGCUGACGGUGCAAGUACACUAGGCACAUCCUCGGGUAAUGGCACAAGCCCAUAUGACACGGUAGAUGCAAGUACAGUUGGAACGACCACCGUAUCGUUGAGUGAUGGAACGGACGUGGGAACGCGGGGCACACGUAAUUUUUACGACGGUCAUGCGACGGCUAGUCCCGCGAAGAACACGGUGUUCGAUGAUAUGCGAAGAAAUUUUAAAUCCAAGGUCAAAGUACAGAAGCCAAACCACGUGAAGAAGUCAUCGCAGGAUAUAACUGCAGGGAAUAAUUGUAGAAGAGGUUUGAAGACAUUGAUACGUUGUAAAAUGGGAAGGAAAGCAUGGACAAUACUUAUAGUAAUCUCCACAGUCCUGUAUGCAUUCUUUAUGACCAUUAUCCAACCUUUCAGUAAUGAACCCCAAACUGGAAUAAUAUUACUGUUGUCGACGCUCGGGAGCAUACAUGGAACAGCCCUACUCAUUGCAAGUAUGUAUUUGUGUGUGCUAGUAUGCUUCUUGCGCUCCAAAACAGCGAAAUGUUUAUUUGAUAAAUUUUGGAAGAAGAAGGAGAAGGAGGAAGCUCCCACAGAAACGAAAAACAACGAAGGAGAACUAAAUAAUAAACCGGAGAUACCCGGGAAGCAGCACGCACCUAAAAAGGCAGGAGAAUCUCAGAAACCGCAGGUACCUGAGAAAAAGGAAUCAUCUGGGAAAUUAGAUGCACCUAGGAAACCGGAUGCAUCUAAUAAAACCGAGGUACCUCAGAAACAGGAAACACCUAAGAAACCAGAAGUACCUAACAAGCAGGAAGCAUCUGGGAUAUUAGAGGUACCUAAUAAACCUGAGACACCCGGGAAAUCAGAUGUACCUCAGAAACAGGAAACACCUAAUAAACCAGAAGUAUCUAACAAAACGGAGGUACCUGGAACCACAGAAGUGCCAAAUAAACCGGAAGUACGCGCAAAAGCACAAGUACCUCAGAAACCAGAAGUACUCGUGAAACCGGAAUCAUGUGGAAAAUCAGAAGUACCUAAGAAAGCAGACGUACUUACGAAACGGAAAGCACCUGUGAAACUAAAACUACCGUGGUCACUGAAAUUAGCGGGGAAACCAUAA